AUGGGGUCAAAGUUGGGCCGAGUGGCUGGAAAGAAGGGGCAGCGCGUCCGCCCGAGAUCCGGCAAGGCCCGGCAUGAGAUCAGUGCCUUGAAAGCCUUCCUGGAGGAAUGUGGAUCUGGAGACUUGGGGAGCAAAGUUCUGCGCAACGACCGGAAGAGACGGAAGGCAAAGGAGCAGCUCAAGGAAGCUCUUGGCAGUGAUCCGACUGCUACUCGCUUGCUGCGACUUGUGGAGCUCACAAGAGCUCACCCAAACUUCGGCCUCUUCUUCGGACUCGCCGGGCUCGGGGAAGGGAGAAGGUCCCUGGCCCGGGAGGGGGCUGCGGACUCGGAGGCUUUGCAGGCAGAGGACGUUCUCCUGGCGGUGGACUGCGAGAUGGUUUCCACGGAUCUGGAGGAGGACGCGCUGGCGCGCGUUUGCGUCUGCAACGCCCGGGGUGAGCUGCUGCUGGACAGGCUGGUGAGGCCUCCUGGGAAGGUCACAGAUGCCCGCAGCAGUAUCACCGGUAUCGAGGCGAAGGACUUGGAGGUGGAUUACAGCCUCGAGGAUGCACAGGCCGACAUCCUCGGCCUGAUCCAUCCAUUGACGGUGGUUGUAGGUCACACAUUACACAAAGACCUGGACGUGCUUCGGCUCGACGCACCUUUGGUUUUGGAUAUUUCCCUAUUGUAUGGAGUGGAGGGUCAACCAAAGCGGCGACCCGCAUUGGCACAGCUGGUGCAGCACAUACUCGGUCAGGACGACUUCCGUGCCACUGGGACGCACGACUGUGCCCAGGAUGUGCUCGUGACGAUGCAGAUUGCUCUGCGGCGACUGAGAGGUUCAGGGCGCUCCAAAGAGAUGCCAGCAAUGAUUUGGGUGCCUCCGGCCCCUUCAAGCGACUCAGACCUGCAGGCAAGGACGCUGUUCUUGCAUCGAAUACCGCGGCGAGCGGAGGCGAUUGGUGCCAUUACGAAGCUCUUCACCUCCUUACGAAGCGAUUUGGCGUCUCAAGUGGAGGGCAUCACAAUGGUCAAGGGAUCGGAGGGAUCCGGAACAGCCCUGCAAGGUGCCAGGGCCUUGUUCUUGUCUGCAGAGGCAGCCGAAAAGGCAUUUCUGUCACUUGCGGCUGAGUCUAUCGAAGUUGACAAGGUCCAACGGCCGCAGAAGAUGGUGCGCAUCCACUUCGAAGACCGGGACACUUUGAUUUGUGUUCGGCCAUGCCUGGGUGGAGUGGGCAAGGCUUCCCUGGCGACUCCCCAAAGUGAGAAGCGUCUCCAAGCCGACGUACCAGAGGCGAGGCUGGUGAAGACGGCACGUAAGGCCGCGGCCAAGGCCAAGGGUUGGCCCGGGUGGCGUCGAGCCGCCGAGGAGGCGCUGCGGGAUUCCGGUGGCUCGGCCCCUUGGAAGGACUUGCUGGAGGCCAUGGUUGCCAGGCGACGCACGCAGGCGGGCGGCCGCCCUGGUGAGGCAGAGGAGCUCUGGGAGAGCCGGGAUGUGUUGGAGCUGCGAGCGCUGUCCGCCUUGCCCGAGGAGUAUCUCAGUGAUGCCGAUCCGAUGGUACGCCAGGGCCAGCAAAUGGUUCGAAGCGAAGCCCACCCACCGCUGCCCGAUGGCGAGCGACAGGACCUGAUGCAUGCCACCAUCGUGGACAUGCAAGCCUCCAUCCCCUGUCUGCGCAGAUCAGAGACAGACAAACAUGUCCUCCAUGCAAUGGGGCAUUGGCACAGUCCCCUUUUCGGUGAAUGCCAGCUGAACAUUUUCUUUCCAGCUGACCAUUCACCCGACGUGGGUGUGAGCACGAGGGGUGUUCGGAGACCGCCGAAGGCGGCGUUCGGGCAUGGUCUGAAGGCUCUUCACAUGCGUCGCGCGGGGCGGACGCAUCAUCUCGGAGAAGCGGCAGACGCCAGGAGCCAGGAGGUUCAGGAGUUUCGAAGUGCAUUUCUACGACAGACAGCGACUAGUGCUCUGGUGAAGCCAAGUCAAGAGAUCUAUGAAACUCCCCGGUCGCUUCCGGAAAGGGCUUCAUCAAAGAGGACCGCGAGCACGAGUGACACUGGCCAUGUCCAGAGUGAGACGGCAACACACCCCGAUGCAGUUCACGUGGAAGCCCGAAGCAGCAACAUGGAGAGCUCCAGCUUGGAAGCAGUCGACCUCGCGCGUUUCGAUCGUGAGCCUGCUGGCAACUUGGGAAAGCGCUCAACUUCCAAGACGUCAGCAGAUUCAGCCAGCAGCAGGUGGAAAAUUUCGCCUAAUGGAGGAAGCUCGCUGGAAUUGCGAGCGGCAGUGAACUUGCACCGGGCAGACUGUGAAGAUGAUGCAGACAUCGCGGACAUUUUCUCGUCACAAGUCGGACAGCCGCUUGAAAAGAUUCCGAGUCAAUCUCCAUACGAGUCUCCAGCAAACAGUCCUCCCGCUGUAAGCCCCAUGCCGAGCGGGCGUGGAGAGGGAAGCCUCAAGCAAGAACGAGGAGCCACCGAGAGCAGGCUGCAACUGCCAACGUCAGUUUCACGCUCGCCUCGGAGUUUGAGCCCUCCACAAAGGCCGCCGCAAGACUCAAUCAGGGACUCUGUGGAUGCCAGGUGGAGAGCUCGUCAGGAGAUUUCGCCCGCGUUGGAAGAGUACAUCACCUGGCUGGAGGCGCGUCAGGCGCCAACGCCUCAACAGUCGCCGCUUGCUUCAGUUCAGUCUGGCCGAAAGCACAGCAGCACCGUGAACAGUGCGGGCAGCAUCCUCUUCCCGGAGAGGCUUUCCCCCCAACCUGGUAAUUCAGUCAGCCUCGCCAACAGCCUUGCAAGCAGCAUGGCCAAUGAGCUUCUGGGGAGUCGUGCAUUGGCAUCACGAUCGCUUCAGGAAUACAUCCUCUGGCUGGAAGUACAGGAUGCCAAAGCGGAAAGUGGAAGGCGUUCCAGUUUGACAAUCAACAGUCUUGCCAGUUCAAGUGCUGUCGACGUGCAGGCGAUGUAUGAGGCAGAAACAUCAAGAGCUGUGGAAAAGUAUUGUGCUUGGCGUCAAUUGCAGGAUGGUGGCAGACUCAGGCACCUGGACAAAAGCGGCAGCAACAUGUCCGUUGAAAGUGCAGCGUCACAUCAGCUUCAUUCGAGUCCAAGCUCGGACGCAAUUCAGCGGCUACUUGAGGAAAGCGGUGGGAGCGCACCUGCAAUCAGAGAGUACCGCCAGCAAUUGGGCUUCUCCGAUUCGUCGGGCUCGUCAGAGCAACGAGGUGACAGCAAGAAGAGAGUCUACACCGUUAUCAACCUCCCACCUUUGGAUGAAGUCUCAGACGACAUGAUCGAUGGUCUCUUUGCAAGCAGCGACCCGAAGCAGAGCUCGGGUAACAACACCUCCUCAGCGAACCUCCUGUCACACAGUUCUGACUCGCACUCAACCGCGCGUGCGCAAGUGCUGUCCAAAUCAUCCGACGGAUCUGCGUCUGGCUCGAGUACGCGCAAAUACAUGGACCCUCGAUGUCUGUCGAGCUUUGGCAGUGACAGUCUUUUGGAUGAUCAGAUGCUGAGCAGCGGGGGCAACAGUCAAAGCCUUGAGCAGAUGGGCCGCCAACGGCUACAGACCGGCCACGCUGCGGUGCGCAGGACCGGCCGUGUGGAAAACGGUGCCGUCGGAAGCGAUGCACCGCCGCAAAAUGCGAAUGCGAGAGCCUCUGGCAGCUUUUGUGGCAACGGGUCGGUGAUCAAGCAGGAUGCAACAUGGCCAUCAGUGAAUCCUGCGAAUCUCAAGAGCUUCGAGAGUGACGCAUGUGCAGCAUCGGAAAUGAUUGUCUGGUUGCAUCACGAGUAUGCCCCACUCACCAUGGCUGCUGUGCCUCUUGUGCUCUACGACAUCACGAACCAGGCUGCACCUGACGGCUGCGACCUUCUCUGCACGCCGGAGACGCUGCGAACUCCAACUGGAAAGCCUUGCAGUUCGUACUUCACAGAGGAUGACAGCGAGAUGUAUGAGCAGAGCUCCGUUGGGAAGUCGCAAGCUCGGCGCACUUCGAUCUUGGAGCUUGGACCAGAGGCGGCCAGGGCCGCUUCUGAGACCAUGAAGCUUCAGGUUGAUUGGUUGUCGAAGCCACACGGUGCCAUGCUGGCAAGCGGAGUCCCCCGAGCAGGUGCCUGCAUCUCCAGCUGCCUGUCCGAGCUGUCAGAGCUUCCGAGGUGGCAAAAGGCGCUGCUUGCCGGUUGUGGUCUUAUUGCGGUCGCCGGCGCUGGCUUCUACAUUGCACAAGCAGAAGCAGGCGAUGCCCACGCCUACCAGGUCGAAGAUGUGAAUCGCUUUUACCAAGUUGUGGAUCCCGACAUGGGCAUCAAUCUGCGUGCUGAGCCCGACACCUCUGCAGCAGGCACUGCGUAUGUCCUCAUUCCCGGCGAGGCGUUUCACGUAUCUCGCGUUAUCCGGCAUGGAGGCCAAGAGUACCUCUACCUUAGCGAUGGGCGUGGGUGGGCCUUUACACGGAGCAAAACUGGUGCACGGAUCUGUGAAGGAUGUACUGAAGAGGAGGUACAGAAAGCAGGAGGCACUGCCUUGGAUCAGGUGGAGGCAAUGCUCAGGAGCAACCUUGUGCUUUGCAAGCAGCUCGAGACUUCGGAGACAUCAGAGGAUUCCCUCAGGCAGAUGGCCAAGAGGGUGCUGCUUGCAAAAGAAGAGAUGCCGAGCUGA